AUGGACGACUCGAGUUUGUCGCUUUCGCAUCACCGUAUUUCGUCCCCUUACAAAGUAGGCAUUCCCCCGAAGCAGAAACUGUGGAAGGAAUUCUCUUCGACUCUCAAGGAAACGUUCUUUGCCGAUGACCCUUUACGCUCGUUCAAGGACCAGCCGAAGUCACGAAAGCUCGUUUUGGGAAUACGGGCUGUUUUCCCGAUUCUCGACUGGGCCAGAGGAUAUAGCUUGGCUAAAUUUAAAGGCGAUCUAAUUGCCGGGCUCACCAUUGCCAGCCUCUGCAUUCCUCAGGAUAUUGGGUAUGCGAAGCUUGCGAAUUUGGAUCCUCAGUACGGUUUAUAUUCGAGCUUUGUGCCGCCUUUGAUUUAUGCAUUCAUGGGUAGCUCGAGAGAUAUUGCAAUCGGGCCCGUCGCAGUAGUUUCACUUCUUCUAGGGACUAUGCUGCAAAACGAGAUUGACCCGGUCAACAAUGCGCAUGAUUACCGUAGGUUGGCUUUCACGGCAACUCUCUUCGCCGGCAUAACGCAAGCCACUCUCGGCAUUCUCCGAUUGGGCUUCUUAAUCGAUUUCUUAUCACAUGCGGCAAUAGUCGGGUUCAUGGGUGGGGCCGCCAUAACGAUUGCUCUCCAACAGCUUAAGGGCUUUUUAGGCAUAAAAAAGUUUACCAAGAACUCGGAUAUUGUUUCGGUUAUGCAGUCCGUUUUCCGCUCGGCCCAUCAUGGGUGGAACUUGGAGACUAUUCUCAUUGGAGCGUUUUUUCUUGUGUUUCUUCUCGUGGCGAAGCAUGUUGGGAAGAAAAACAAGAAACUCUUUUGGGUGUCUGCAAUUGCUCCUCUAAUCUCCGUCGUGCUCUCGACUUUCUUCGUCUACAUUACCCGAGCUGACAAGAAAGGAGUUCAAAUCGUGAGGCAUAUCGAAAAAGGAAUUAAUAGCCCGUCUCUAGAUCAAAUAUAUUUCAGUGGGGAAUAUUUGCUCAAAGGUGCUCGAAUCGGCAUAGUGGCUGGCAUGGUUGCAUUGACGGAAGCUGUUGCAAUCGGACGAACAUUUGCUGGCAUGAAAGAUUAUCAAAUAGAUGGAAAUAAAGAAAUGGUUGCUCUUGGGGUGAUGAACAUUACAGGCUCAAUGACAUCUUGCUAUGUAGCCACAGGCUCCUUCUCGCGAUCGGCGGUGAAUUUCAUGGCCGGUUGCCAAACUGCGGUCUCGAAUAUCGUUAUGUCUAUUGUCGUGCUUUUGACAUUAUUGUUCAUUACUCCGCUUUUCGAGUACACUCCGAAUGCAAUCCUCUCGUCUAUCAUAAUCUCGGCCGUGAUUGGUUUAAUCGAUUAUGAAGCUGCGAUUUUGAUCUGGAAGAUUGAUAAAUUCGAUUUUGUUGCUUGCAUGGGAGCUUUCUUUGGGGUCGUUUUUGUGUCCGUCGAGAUUGGCCUCUUGAUUGCGGUAUCAAUAUCUUUUGCCAAGUUGCUCUUACAAGUGACGAGACCAAGAACGGCUCUUCUAGGAAAGAUUCCUCGGACGAAUGUUUAUCGGAAUAUUCUGCAGUAUCCAGAAGCAACUAAGGUCCCGGGAGUUGUAAUAGUAAGGGUCGAUUCGGCAAUUUACUUCUCAAACUCGAACUACAUAAAAGAGAGGUUAUUAAGGUGGCUUACUGAUGAGGAUGAGCAACUGAAAGCAGCUGGACUACCCGAAAUUCAGUAUCUGAUUGUAGAAAUGUCUCCCGUGACUGACAUUGACACGAGCGGUAUUCAUGCUCUGGAAGAACUUUACAAGAGCCUUCAGAAGAAAUCUGUUCAGCUUGUACUAGCGAACCCGGGGCCAGUGGUGAUCGACAAGCUUUACACGUCCGAGCUAACGAAUUUGAUAGGCGAAGACAAGAUUUUUCUGACGGUGGCCGAUGCAAUUCAGAGCUGUUCGCCGAAAUUUGCAGUGGAUGUUUGA